GUUCAGGACUCUCCUGAGCCAGCCCUAACUAUAAGCUCUAUCAAAGAGGAAAGUCUUAGACGAUUCAACGUAGUCUCUCACUGUGUCCAGGUGGUCUUCUACGAGGACAGGAACUUCCAGGGCCGUUCUUACGAGUGCAGCAGUGACUGCGCCGACAUGUCCUCCUACCUGAGCAGGUGUCACUCCUGCAGGGUGGAGAGAGGCUGCUUCAUGGUCUACGACCGCACCAACUUUAUGGGCAACCAGUACUUCCUGAGGAGGGGCGAGUACUCCGACUACCAGAGCCUGAUGGGAAUGAGCGACUGCAUCAGGUCCUGCCGCAUGAUCCCCAUGCACCGCGGCUCCUACAGGAUGAGGAUCUACGAGAGGGAUAACUUCGGAGGCCAGAUGCACGAGCUGAUGGAUGACUGCGACAGCGUCAUGGACCGUUACCACAUGUCCAACUGCAUGUCCUGCCACGUGAUGGACGGCCACUGGCUGAUGUACGAGCAGCCCCAGUACAGAGGCAGGAUGAUGUACAUGAGGCCCGGAGAGUACAGGAACUUCAGCAACAUGGGCAUGAGCGGCAUGAGGUGGAUGAGCAUGAAGCGCAUCAGGGACGACUACUACUGAACUCUGACACCGUAUCAAUAAAGCUUUCUUUGAACUAACACA